UGAAUACAUCCAUCAUCUCAUCCGACGUAAUAUAAGUGUCCGCUUAGCCCGGGCUCACUCAGCAAGUCAGAUGCAGUACAGUACAGUACCGAUCAGCCCCAUGGUUCCCAAGGCGCCGCCACCGGGUCUCCAAGUAUCGCUACUUUGUUUUCUUCUCGAGGCGCACAGAGGGCUGUUCCUUUUUCUCUACUUUCCCCACGCUGCGCUAACUCGCACGCUUUCGCACGAAGUGCAAGUUGGGACGGUGUUGCUCCCUUGGCAGGCGUGGAGUUUUCCCAAAUGCUCCCAUUGGCCAGUGGGCGCUGCACGUCAACGGCGGCGGCGGAUCCCUUCCCCCUGGCGCGAACCGCAUCGAGCAUCGCCAGCACCAUCCAUCGACACCUACUGUGUAGGCAUUGCCCCUAGCAUCUGGACAUGA